UCAAUUAGCAUAGGCCCAUAAUCUUUUGUGGGUAUAAAAACUGGAAACGUCCCCCUUUUGAAUAACAGAUUUGGCCCAAACAUGAAGUUCCACAUCAUUGCAUUCGCCUUUCUCGGCCUCGCCGCCGCCGAUGUCAGUCAUCUGAAGUUGGGCCUGUCCGUCGACGGAGGCUAUGGACUCUCCGCCGCUUCCUCUUCUGCGGCGGUGGUGCCAGGUGGUGAUUCCAGCUCCUACCAGCCCGCCGAGUACACUGCCGAGCACUUGCAGACCGCUGAGGUGGUUUCUGGUGGGGAUUCAGUCGCUGCUGAGGUGGUUUCUGGUGGGGAUUCGGUUGCUGCUGAGGUUAUACCCCAAGUGGAGACUUCUGUUCCCGCGGCCAUUGGAGCCGAUACCUAUGCCCCAGUUCCAGCUGCCAUUGGCGCCGAUACCUAUGCCCCAGUUCCAGCUGCCAUUGGUGCUGACACCUACACCCCUGAGAAAUUCAUUCCCCAGGAGGUGCAGGAGGCCCACUAUGAGAGCAUUCAGGAGCAGGAGGCGGUUGUGCCCGGAGGAGAUGCCAGCUCCUACCAGCCCGCUGAAUACACUGCCGAGCACUUGCAGACCGCUCAGGUGGUUUCUGGUGGGGAUGCUGUCGCUGCUGAGGUGAUUCCUGGUGGGGAUUCCAGCUCCUACCAGCCGGCUGAAUACACUCCGGCCCUGCUUGCGACUUCUGUGCCAGCGGCCAUUGGCGCUGAUACCUAUGCCCCAGUUCCAGCUGCCAUUGGCGCUGAUACCUAUGCCCCUGAGAAAUUCAUUCCCCAGGAGGUGCAGGAGGUGCAGGAGCAGGAGCAGGAGGUGGUGGUUCCGGGAGGAGAUUCAAGCUCUUACCAGCCCGCCGAAUACACGCCCGCUUACCUCAAGGAGUCGGUGGUAGCACCGGCCGCCGCCGCUGCUGUUUCUGGGGGAGAUUCCGGCUUCUAUCAGUCCGCCGUUUCCCAGACGGGCUACGUUCAAAGCCAGGCCAAGGCAGUGGUGGCCGCCUCGGCUGGUAGUUUCUAUCAGAACGCCCAGCCCCUACCCAUCGCCGCCUAUGUCCAGGCACAGGCCCCAGUCGCCAUUGCAGCCAACACCAUUACCACUCCGCUCUUGCAGACCACCUACUCCACGUCCGGCCAGGAGACCCAGUACGCGUCGAACGGCGGCUAUGUUUACUAGGUCAUCUAUCUAAUCUUAAAUGUUACUUUUUUAUGAAAUUUCUAUUAGUGUACACAAAGACCAAUGAUUUCAAUAAACACCAAGAGU